CCAGACCGUCCGACACAGCUCAAGUCUGCAAGGCACUCUGCCAUCAUGGGUAGUCUACCGUCAGCUCGCUCCCCGAAUCUGGCGACCGAUCCACGGUGCUAUCUAGCCCUUUGCCUAGUGCUGAUCGCCCUACUCGUCCAGACCCACUGGGUGACCCUCCCCGGCCCGCGCGCCGAGCCCGGUCCCGCUGUGCUGCGACUGCAACAGCACCAAGCUGCUCAGCUCGAGAAGCACUUGCAGAAAUGUCAGGUGCUUCAACAAUCCCCGGUCGUGCCUCAGGUGCCACCCCCAGCCACCCGGACCAACCCGCGAUGGACCGCAACCGCCGGCCAGAACCAAACCAUCAUCCUGCGGAAUGCGACCUUGUUCGACGGAGAUCGAACCAUUGACCACGCGGUCGAUAUCACUCUUCAUCAGGGUGUCAUCACCCAUGUUGUGCCUACUCAACCGAUCCAAGACCUGGCCACGGAGCCGGGCACCGCAGGGUUCCAAUUAAACGGUCGUUUUGUGACACCCGGGCUCGUGGACAUGCACUCGCACCAUCUCGAUGUCACCGACGACUUGAACGAAAUCCAUCCGGAUUCCGGCCCUCUGACCCCCUUUGUGCGGGCUUUGGACAGCCUGAAGACCUACGACGAGACGACCACCAUGUUCGCCUCGGGAGGCGUCACCUCUUCCCUCAUUCUCCCUGGAUCCGCCAACAUCAUGGGUGGCGAAGCCGUCAUGGUCAAAAACCGUCUGAACAGCGGCGAGAACGCCGAACAAGUGGUCGAGGACCUUCUCCUCAAGCGAGGCAUCCCUCCCGCGCAACGCCGGCGGUACAUGAAAAUGGCAUGCGGGGAAAACCCCAAGGGUCUCUACGGUCAUACCCGCAUGGGCAACGCCUUUGUUUUCCGGAAGCAAAUGACCGAGGCUCAGCGACUGCUGCAGCGUCAGGAUUCCUGGUGCCUUGAGGCGGCCGCGGCCCAUGAAACGGGGAACCCUGAUGCGAUUGCGCAGUUGCUGGCCGAUGGGGGGUUGCCGGAAGAUUUGGCUCUUGAGUCCUCUGUCGCGAUGCUGCGGGGGCAGAUCGGUAUUAACAUCCAUUGCUAUGAGCCAGAGGACAUGGAAGCCAUGAUCCGACAUAGCGAGGAGUUUGGCUUCCGCAUCCAGGCGUUUCAUCAUGCUCUGGAAGCGUGGAGAGUGCCGGAGAUGAUCAAAGCCAGUGGACAGAAUAUUACGAUCGCGAUAUUCUCGCACUUUGCGCAUUACAAACAUGAGGCGUAUGAUGCGAGUUUGUAUGCGGGGAAGAUCCUGUCUGAACAUGGGCUGUCGGUUGCCUACAAAUCGGAUGCAUCGUCGGAAUUUCUCAACGCCAAGUAUCUCCUGUCUCAAGCCGCGGAGGGGCACUCGUUUGGCCUUCCGGAAAAUGAAGCACUGAAAUCUGUUACCAGCAUACCGGCGACAUCCGUGGGAUUGAACGAUCGGAUUGGCUACGCAAAGCCAGGCUAUGAUGCAGACCUGGUUAUCUGGGACGCCCACCCGUUGUCAAAUGGAGCCACCCCGCUGCAAGUCUACAUUGACGGCCAGCCCACCCUGAAGGAUACGCUAACCGACCCUCUGUCGGAUUUGCCUACCGCCCCGUCCAUGCGUCCGGACGUCCCCAGGGACCAGAAAGCGGAUACGUGCCGCCAUCUCGGGCAAGAAGACGGAAAGUUCUUGAUCACCGGUAUACAAAAGUCUUUUCUUUCUACUUCGGAUGCCGUUCUACCCACGGUAGACGACCUGGAGAUGGUGCUUGACAGUGGAAAAAUCACUUGCUUGGGACCUGCGGGCCAUUGUGCAGCGGCUGCCACCAAUGCCGUCCCGAUCCAGUUGGACAACGGCCACCUAUACCCGGGCCUGACCGCCGUCACCGCCGGUGGACUUGGCCUAGUGGAUAUCGCCACAGAUCCCAGGACCGGAGAUGAGGGCGAUGCAAUUCCAGCAGACACUGUGGCCAGCGACGCCUUGGUGUAUGCCAAAUAUGGCCUGCGCCUCCAAGGCAAGGAUCUCGUGAGAGCCCAGAUGGGCGGCAUUACCAAAGUGGUGACCGUUCCGCUGGCGCCAAACGAGCGUAGCGUUUUCCUGCGGGGCGUCUCAACCGUCUUCGAGACCAGCGGCCACGGCACAAUUCUAGAAGGCCGAAUCCUCAAAGACGAUGUGGCUCUGCAUGUUGUGUUCGGCCAGGAGGGCAACUCUCCCAUCACAUCCUCCACCUCCGCCGCCAUCGGUCUGCUCCGACGGAUCCUGAUCGAAAACCAAGGACUGAACAACACCUACGGCCAUGUGGCUAACGGCUCCCUACCCCUUGUGGUACACGUCAAAAACCACCACGACAUGCUCCAGCUGGUGCAAGUAAAGCGCGAUCUCCCCUCCGUGAACAUGGUUCUCUUUGAAGCGUUCGAAGCAUCCCUAGUGGCGGAGCAACUUGCCCACGCCAACAUCUCGUUAAUCUACACCGCUGUCCAGCCGAAGCCCCAGACAUGGGAAGCCAAGGAUGUGCCGAUCGGGCCGCCUCUCACGGCAUCUCCUCUCCGGGCUCUGGUGGACGCAGGGGUCAAGUUUGGCAUCGCGCAGUCGGGAUUGGGGGAUUCGAAUAUCCAUAAUUUGGUGAUUGAUGCGGGGUUUGCUCGGAAGGUUGCGGGGUUGAGUGAGUUGGAGGCGGUGAAUUUGGUGAGUCGGAAUAUUGAGGAGAUUUUGGGGCUCGGUGGGGAUAAAGAGGGUGGUGGGGUCAAUCGGGGGAGGGAUUUUGUGGUUUUUGAAGGGGAUCCUCUGGAAUGGGGGGCGAGGGUUGUGCUCACGGUUGAUGGGGGAAAGGAGAAGGUGGUGGAGUGUUGGCCGGAUGAGAAUCCACCGUCGAGCUGGAUUAGCUAGGUGCAUACUCUUAAUACUACCGGUCUCCCUGUAGGACGCAAUACCCUAGCUGGUGUAAUGUCCUGACCGAAAUCUUUGAAGAGAG